AUGGCAAAGAUGAGACAAGUUUUAAAUAUUUACAAUAACCGUAAACAAAAAGGUUUGGGAAACCACUCCCCCGAAGAAAUGAAAAACAACCCCGACUUAGAGAAAGACUAUAUAUUUAAUAGUUUAGUCAAAAGAGACAAACAAGAAAGAAUGCCAGGCUUCAAACUUAAGAAAGGUGACAAAGUAAAAAUAGAAAUACCUAAACGCGACCCAUAUGAAAAUACUAUUGACUAUGACAACAAUGGGAACUCGACAGGUACUCACAUUCGUGUUCGUAAAAAUAGAAGAAAGUAUACAAGAGAAUAUUAUGAAGUUUUAGGCAAACAUGGCAAAAUGUACAGACUGCAAGCAGAAGAUAAAACUACUAUUGUCAGACCUCGUUUCAAACUUGUCAAAGUUCAAGGUGGUAUACUUUCAAAGACAGUUCCUAACAAAUAUAAGACAACUCCUGACGAAUAUGCUAAAGAAGUUGAAAAUGACGACUAA